AUGUUUAACAAAUAAAAAGCUUAGUUUUGUUAAAUUCACAAAUCUUAAAUUUGUAUAGGGUUUUGUGUUUCAAAAAAUUGCCCUUCAAAUCCUUUCUACUGUUAAAAAUGUUUAGAAUAAGAUCAUGAGGAUCAUAAAGAGAGCUGCAAAGAAUUUGGAUAAAUAACCAAGGAUUUCACCGAUUUAAUCAAAGCAAAAAAGAGUCACCUAGACAAGGUAAAAGAAAAAUAAAUUCAAUUGCAAUAAUUAGGCAGAUAUUAAGUUGAUGCAUAUGAAAGACAAAUAGAUGAACUAAGAAACAUUUAAAGAAACUUUUCGAAGAAAAAACAUAGUUCUUUGUCAAAUUAAUAAAUUAAAAUCUUCAAAGAAUAAUAUUGUAUAGAUAGAUAACUUGAUGAUUGUAAAUUUUAAUAAGGUUUAGUGAAUGAGCUAACUUAAAUGGAACAAUUAAUUUAAUCUUUAGAAUUAAUAAAGGAGGAUUGCUUAAAAAAUAGAAGAUACAAAUUAAAAGGUAUUCUUAUCAAAAUCUAUUUUUAGAGAAUAUAAUAAACUGCCUUUCUAUAGGAGGUUGUUGGUGCGUCUAAAUUAUUAUCAUUAUGAUUUUGUUUUAUUUUUUUCUGCUUUUGGCGUUUAUAAUACCUUGGAUGUAUUAUGAAUCUGAGGAGUAACUAAGGUAUUAUUAAGCAAUCCAAAGUAAACCUUUUAUAGAAACAUUCGUAGACUAAACUCAGUAUUUUACUCAAGGUAAUAAAUUUAAUAUUACUUCAGCUAAUGAUUUAUAUCUGAAGGGGGAUUAUAGUUAAGCUAUUAAAUAUUAUAAUAAGGCAAUCGAUUUACAAUAAAUAUAAUAAUGGGAUAAUGCAAUCGGUUUACAAUAGGGUAAUGCAUCCAUUUACUUUCAUAACGGUAGUUGAUAGCAAUUAAAUUAUAGGAAAUGCUCUAGCAAAAUUAUAUUAUUUUGAGCUCGCAGUUUAAAAUUAUAACAAAGCUUUGAAAAUAAAUUCUGAAAAUGAUGCCAUAUAUAUGAAUAAAGGUAUUCAUUGAAUUUCAAAUCAGGGUAUGUGCUAACUAAAUUAAACCGUUUUACUUAAGCUAUUGAGUGUUAUGAUGAGGCAAUAAAAAUCAAUUUUCUCAAUGAUGAGGCCUACUACAAUAAAGGUAACCUUAUUAAUAAUAUCAUUAAUUAAAUUUUAGGAAAAGCCUUACAUUAAGUUUAACGUUAUCUUGAAGCUCUAGAAUCAUAUAAUAAAGCGAUCCAUAUUAAACCCAAUAAUCAGCACUAUCAUAAUAGUAAAGGUUACUAAUUUCAACAUAAAUUAUAGGACUAACAUUACAUAAGCUUAAAGAAUAUCAUUAAGCUAUAGAAUCUUAUGAUUUUGCUCUUAAAAUUUCAAUAGAUCAAUAAAUAUUAACAAAUAAAAGUAUUGUUUCUUAAAAUUUAAGAUGAUUCAUUAUUGAAUUUAGAUAAAAUUGACAAACCUUAAGAAUUCAAGAAGGAUUCUUUGUUGGAAAUAAGAAAAUGACGC